AAAAUAAUUAACAGUUAAUAAACAAACAAAAUAUUAAGCUGAAUUUUGGAAUAAUGAAUGAAGGCACCAUGACAAAGGAUCCAACAAGAGAGACCCUGAAAAAACUAAUUGAACACUCAAAUGCAACAUUUAGCGUGGACGAUGUACUGAGAGAGUUUCGCAUUACCAAGGAGAAACGCAACAAUCGAAAAUUGUUGAAAAUUUUGGAAGUCAUAUCAAAAAAUCAGCCAAAGCAGACGGAGAAUUUAGUUGAGGCAGCCAAGCUAUUAGAGAAGAAAGAUCCCUUUUAUUGUCUGUUGCAAUUUUUGAAUCAUUAUUCGGAAACCAACAUCAUGCAGACUAUGCGUAAAAAGGAUUUAUCCACAUCGACUCCAAUGUUGGUCAAAACAAUGUUUGAAAAUGGCACAGCAGAUAAUGUUUCUGAUCUCAAAGGACGUUUGGUCCAAGCAGCCUGUGGCAGCAGUUUAAGCCGUACUGGUCAGAAUAACAACUCAAUCAUAAGUGCCGGCCUCUUGUGUACAACACCAAUACCAUCGGGGCUAUCCGCAAUGGGUGGUGGCUGCAAUUUAUUUCCCUCAUCGACAAAAAGCAAUAGCCGCAUUGAUGCCCUAUGGGAUUUUCAAAAUAUCGAAAAUAUUCAAUUUCAACAGAGCAAUAUUGCUGCCAUACCCAUUAGUAGUCAAGAGAAUUUACUACUUUAUGAUCUGAUUUAUUGCCUAACCGGAAUGCGUGGCUCGUAUAUAACACCAGAAUUGGAUACACUACGUGAUGGUAACUUGCAGGGAGCUUUUUCGAUGAAAUUUAAAAUUUCCGAACAAAUUCAUAGUUCGUUGCGUGAUAUUGCUCAGGAAAUUUUACCAAUGGCAUCACAUUACACAUGCAUCCAACAAUUCAUACAGAAGGCCACAUUCUCGAAUUGCAGUCAAGUGUUGCAGGCGUUAAGUGAAGCAUUAAAUAAUUUAAUACAUGAUUAUUAUCUCCUACUGGCACAAUUGGAAUCUGAGUUAAAUGCUGGAAAUUUGACUUUACACAAAAUGUUGUUCUAUGUGCGACCAACAUUGAAUACCAUGGAGGUAUUGGCAGGAGCGGUGACACUUAUAGUCGCUAAUGAACUGCGCGGAGGGCAAGCCCUUACAUUGUUAUUCAAUAAAAUUAGUGCCCUUACUGGCGAUGAAGAAUCACAAAAAUUCCUCAUACAAUUAACGCAAAGAGCUGCAAUGCCAUAUAUGAAUAUUUUACAAUUAUGGAUACAAAAGGGAGUCAUCAACGACCCGCAACAAGAAUUUUUGGUUGAGGAUAAUGAAGUCGUGAGACGUGAAGAUCUACCAGAACACUAUUCAGCAGAUUAUUGGGAAAAGCGUUACACCAUACGCCGUGAACGUAUACCAUGUUUUUUGGAUAAGGUCUCUGACAUUAUUUUACGCACCGGCAAAUACUUAAAUGUUAUUCGCCAGUGUGGAAAGAAAGUCACACCGCCACAAACAAUGAAUCUGCAAUUCUCACCGACAAAUCAAAAUCAUAUUACUGUCAUCCAGAAUGCCUAUCGUUUCGCUUCGAAAAACCUAUUGGAAGUUUUACUCAAAGAAAAUGAUUUAAUGGGUCAUUUGAUGUCGGUUAAACGUUAUUUGCUAUUGCAUCAGGGCGAUUUUAUAACACAAUUUAUGGAUGCCUGUGAAGAUGAAUUAGCGAAAAACGUUGACAAAGUCCUACCGAUGACAUUGGAAAAUCUUUUGGGUUUAACUUUACGUUUGUCAUCGGCUAAACAUGAUCCCUAUAAAGAUGAUGUACACUGUGAACUGUUGACAUAUGAUUUGGUAACACAAAUGUCGAAAAUUAUGAAUAAUGAAGAAGAAUAUUGGCAAACUCAUGACCGCUUAGACUUAAAUGGCCUGGAGUGUUUUGCAUUUCGUUAUGAAGUCAAGUGGCCUGUCUCAUUGGUAUUAAAUCACAUUGCGAUUUCCAAAUAUCAAAUGCUGUUUCGGCAACUGUUCUAUUGUAAGCAUGUUGAGAGGCAAUUGUGCAAAAUUUGGAAAGAGAAUUCUAUUGCUAAAAAGUUUUCACCGCAGGCGGCCGAACUUUAUCGUUCAGCAUUUACAUUGCGACAACGGAUGAUGAAUGCUGUACAAAAUCUUGAAUAUUAUAUGAUGAUUGAAGUUAUUGAACCAAAUUGGCAUAUAUUUAUACAGAAAAUGAGUAAGGUUGAAAAUGUCGAUGAAGUAUUAACGUUUCACCAGGACUUCCUCGAUUCCUGUUUGAAAAAUUGUAUGCUCACUGAUGCACCAUCUUUAAAUCGUUCCAUUUUUAAAAUGUGCAACAUUUGUUUGAAAUUCUGUGAAUUUAUACAGAAAUCGCAACGUUUCUUCCUUGAUGCCGAGCUUACUUCGAUGAUGUGCGACAGUAAUGAUGAGGAUAAUUCUGAGUCUGAUUACGAAUUUGCUAGUCACAAACAGUCUGAGUCUUCGAUGGCUCCAACCGAUACAUUUUCCGAACGCGUCAAACGCUUUGAUUUGGAAUUUACCGGCCUCCUCAUUGGCUUGUUGAAACAAAUUAACGAUGUGGCAUCAGAUAAUCCAUCGGAUCGUUUCAUAAAUUUGGUACAUCGAAUUAAUUUCAAUUCAUUCUAUAACGAACAAAUGGAUAAAUUGUGUGCCAAGGAUUCAAUGAUGGGACAUCAUAAUCAUCAAUAAAUACGAAUCAGCGCCCCUCC